AUGUAUUGGUCGCAAAGUGAUUCAGAAGGAAGGCAAGAAGAAAAUCCCAACAAUAACCCUCUUAACACCCAAAAUUCUACUAAUUAUCCUUUCGACUACCCAAAUCUCAACUAUAUAUUUCAAAAUCAAUCUUCCAACCAACAAGGUCCCCAAAAUAUAUCAGAUAUCAUAAUAUCGUCAUCUAAUCCAAACUACCAUCCAUAUUAUGGAUCUAUGAUGUCAUAUUCAUCUCAAGCACCACCUUAUUAUUCUUCUACUCCAAUGGAAAAUGAAAAUGUUUCUAAUGUUGGACUUGAUGAAUUUCCUGAUUUUUCUACACAAACGGCUCUUGGUGACAUGAGCGGCGGUCAUGGAGCCACUCCAAAUGCAGAGGAUUCAACUCAUGUUCGUCGGAAAAGCCCCAAAUGGACCACUGAUCAAAAUUUGGUUCUAAUUAGUGGGUGA